UCUCUCUGCAGUGACUUCUCCUGUGUGUAACUAUGAUGAGCCCAGAUUUAGAGCACAACUUCUCUUGCACCAACUUAUAUGACCAUCGUCCAGUGGCCAGAGUUCUCAUACCUCUGGCUUAUUCCAUCAUAUGUCCAGUGGGACUUUUAGCCAAUGCCCUGGCUCUUCAUGUGAUCUUCUCCAACAUCACCAAACUUAAUUCCAUCACGCUUUAUUCCGCCAACCUGGCUGUGUCCGAUAUCCUGUUCUGCCUGUCGCUUCCCCUCCGAGCUGUUUACUACGGCCUUGGCUUCCACUGGCCCCUGGGGGAAGGACUAUGUAAAGCCAUAACACUGCUCUUCUAUUUGAACUGCUAUGCUGGAGUAAACUUCAUGACCUGUCUGGCAGUCGAUCGUUUUGUGGCACUGGUGUUUCCUCAGAGUCUGGUGAAAUUGAGAAAGGUGAAAAAUGUGCGACUAGUGUGUCUGGCCAUUUGGCUGCUGGUGUUUGCCCAGACGUUGCCUCUCCUGACCAUUAACUUGACCAAAACGGAGCAUGACAACAGCAUCACCUGUAUGGAAUACCCCAAUUUUGAGGGUCUUUUCAAAGGGCUGCCCUACAUGCUGAUCGUGGGGGUAGUUUUAGGCUUUGGAGUCCCACUGGUGACAAUCAUCGCCUGCUACUCCAUACUGACCCGUAAACUACAUCUAGUAGCACAGUCGAACCGACUGACAGAACGUUCUGGAAGGACCAAAAAAGCAAGAGGAGUGAUCGCAGGAGUGGUAUUUGUGUUUGUGGUGUGUUUCAGCCCAUACCAUAUAGACCUUUUGCAAUACAUGAUCCGAAAACUUUUCUAUGCUCCAGACUGCACGGAGCUACAGUCCUUUCAGAUAUCCCUGCAUAUUACAGUGUGUCUUAUGAACUUAAAUUCAUGCCUGGAUCCUUUUGUUUACUUUUUUGCAUGCAAAGGCUACAAGCAGAAGCUGAUGAGAAUGAUGAAG